ACUCACAGUCACAACUGGUAGCGAAACUAAUGCUGUCUUCAUAGUUGUUGACUCCCAACAAGGUCCUGUUUCAAACCCACCAGGGCUGCGAAUUCAGCUGAACAUUGAGGCACACAGAUUCAUGAAAAAUGGCAAGGAGAAGCGAGCAGUCAACUUGGAGGAUGUGAUCGAGAGCAUUGGUAUGGGUCCUGCGCAAAUUGCCUGGGGCAUCCUGGGGGGUGGAAUUUGGCUGGCGGACGGAGCUGAGCUUCUCUUAGUGAGUGCAGUAACCAGGUCUCUUCAGAAGGAAUGGCACCUGACCGCCUUCAUGAAGGGCUUCAUUGUGUCCGCGGUCUAUCUGGGGAUUCUCCUGGGUAAUGCUGCCAGUGGAGGAUUCAGCCAUCGAUUCGGCCGCCGUGAGAUGAUCGUCCUCUCGUACUGUGGAAUCUUCUUUUGUGGAUCCCUGAGUGGAGCCUGUCAUACGACUGUGGCUUUCAUGAUGAUGAGAUUUCUGGGUGGCAUCUUCAUUGGCAUAGGUCAGCCUGCGUGGCUGUCCAUUAGUGCAGAGAUCACCCCAGCCUACUGGCGCAUUCCGAUGGCUGCGGCGUCACAGUCCCUCUUUGUGGUGGGAGAGAUGUAUAUCUCCUUUCUGUUGAUGAUGGAUGAUCUCAAUAUGCAGUUUCUUCACUGGCGGGUGCUCUUACGCCUGGGAGCCCUGCCUGCCUUCGUCUUGUUUCUUCUCAGCGCAGCCUAUCUCAACGAAUCGCCCAUGUUUCUGGCGCUCAAGGGACGAAAUCAUGAAGCGCGACAUGUUGUGGAAGAUAUGGGGAGGCUCAACCGCGCCAGCAGCGCAGUGGUGCUGGACUUUGAGCCCAGGACGAACAGCGCAUCCAGUGGAUCCCUGGUCUCGGAGAUGGGACGACAGAUGAACCUGGUCUUCUCGGUUCAGUUCAUGGUAGUGACUAUGGUGAUCAUGUCCGUGUGCUUUACUCUGAACCUCGUCUACUUUGGUUCCCUCUUUGCAUUCCCUCAGGUGCUUCCCCUGCUGAUGCACGGGCAAGCGGCCUCCGAACUCCUCGUGGGCGCCCUUUGGGAACUUCCGGGCUUGGCCAUGGGUUUGCUGCUGGGUAUCACGGCUUCCAGGCGCACGUCAUUGAAAUUUUACUUGACAGCUCUGACCUGCUCCAUUCUUUGCUUCAUCAUCGGAGCCCACGGACAUCCUGACCCUGAGCAGGAGAAAACUAUGAAGGUCUUCCUUUUCAUGGGUUACUACGGUAUCAAGUGCGUUCCCAAUAUUGGCUUCAUCGUAGCAUACCAGAUGUCUGCAGAGGUCUACCCCACCGAGGCCCGCAGCAUGGGCGCCGGCCUCGCCUUGGCCUCCGGACGGUUGGCUGCCAUGAUCUCUCCCAUGAUCUAUGAAGCUGCCGUGCUGUGGACUGGAAUCUAUCUCUUCUUUUUCCUCUUCAUGGCUGCUUUAUGCCUCAGCAAUCUUUACAUGGUUGACCUGUUGCCCGAAGUCGCAGGGCUACAGCCUGACGGAGAGGCGUUGCCCAUCAGUCCGGAAAGAAUCCAGGUGGUGUGAGGCCAGCGCAGAAUCGAUAGGUGCUAUGCAAAAAAAUGAAC